AUGAGAAGUGGUAAUUUGAGAAAUGCUGGUGUCCCACACAAUGUCCAUUUUCAUUAUGAGAGCUUCAAGUCGAACGAUUUCGUAGAGUUCACCGAUAAUUUGUUUGAUGAAAGGGAACAUCUACAUGACCCCGAUUCGGAUUUCGACGACGACGAAUCCGAAGGAAGUGAGGAUGAGGAAGAUGGAAGGGAGGAAGAAAAUCAAGGUGAUAAUUUGAUGGAGGACACGGAUAGUGAUAGAGAUGAAGAAGAUUUGAAUGAGCAAGAAGAAUAUAGACGAGUUGCUUCUCGUGAGAGUGAGAGUGACGAGGUAGACGAUGAGGACGAAGACGAUGAACAGGAGUCUGAGGAGGAAUCAGAAGAUGCGGAUGAUGAGGAUGAGGAAGUUGACGAAGCACCGAAUCAUUAUUUCCAAGUGUUGAGGGCCAUGGACCACACACCCGUACCACUUCAAGAUUUUGAGUGGAACUUGUCAGUAAUCGACGUCAGGACUCUUAUCGAUCAUUGUUUCGAAGUAUAUCACAUGUCACAAAUCAGCGCAUUCUAUGUUUGGAAUGGAUGCGAACAGCUUGAUUUUGAAGUGAUACGUGAAACAAUAAGAGGAUACAAUAUAUUACAGUUUGAAGUCAGAACUGAAAGUUAUGCGUUUGCACGUGAUAUGAUGAAUCUUCAAAUUCCGGUCAAAAGGUUGGAAAUCAACGCUUUGUGUUUUGAAAACACAUUAUCACUUCACAAAACGCUCAUUCAAAACCAUGACGUCAUCUCUUUGAAUGAGCCGGUUGUUCGGAAUCACACGUUGAUAGCUGAUGACUUGCUGUUGAUUAAUUCAGCAUUCGUUGAAAUCUACGAUGCUAUAAUUUCUAAUAAGGAAUUGAAUAAAUUCAUGAAGCAUUGGAUUCUAGGUUCAAAUCGAAGAAUGAAGCACAUCAUUUUGAGAAAAAUUGGAGAUGCUGGUUUCAAUAAGGACACAAUUUUCAAAGGAAUCAGUCAUGAAGAAUUUCCGGAAGGAGUUGUAAGAGAGUGCAAAGUGCUUACGGGCGGAGCAUUUGUAACUGUGAAGAUCGCAUCGGGAUUCAAUUUCUUCCGUGAGGAUCACACGGAAGCAACGAUUCGAAUGAAAAAUAGACGAGGACGUGCUGCGCUUGAAUUUAUUGUUUGGGACUGA